AUGCAGCCGUACUGCCACACCAACCCUUAUUUCUUAAAUCUUAUGCCAUCAAGCUACAUGCCUGCAGCGUCCAACCCACAAACUACACCGCAGCUCAUCAAUCACAAAGCCCAAAUAGCACCCAGCACCAGCCAGGUACGUAAAAUUUUAGAUUUGCCAGAUUUUCAUGGCUCGCCCGAAGAGUGGCCUAUGUUUUCUGUGGCCUUUAAGGAAACCACGGAAAUGAAUUCAUAUUCGCAAUUGGAGAAUCUGUUACGUCUCCAGAAAGCCCUAAAGGGUAAAGCCAGACAACAGGUGGAGUCGUUGUUAAUCCACCCAUCCAGUGUAGAUGCGGCCAUGAAAACAUUAGAAUUUCAUUACGGUCGCCCAGAGCUACUUAUUAGAAGCCAAAUAGCGAAAGUUCGAGCGUUUCCACCCGUUACCGGAGGACGAAUCGCCGAUAUACUCAAUUUUAGCACGAUGGUAUCAAACUUAGCUGCCUUUCUAGAAAAUUCCGGUGCGGUACCACAUCUAAAUAAUCCAAUGUUGCUCGACGAAUUAAUCAGCAAACUGCCGCUGAACAAGAGAGAAGAGUGGACUCGCCACGUCUUCGAAAUGCAAAAGCCAUAUCCCACUGUGCGUGAAUUUUGCAAUUGGUUGCAGCACACCGCCAUGUAUGUGUCCAUGGCAAUAGAUGUUAUGCCAACAAAAUAUAUGCCCAACGAUUUUGUGUACCACAAACCUAAAGUGUCGUCCAAGCCCGUAAUGACUGUAAAAAAAGAAGAGAAAAAGUGUUUAGUGUGUGACCAAAGCCAUAUUUUAAAUACGUGCUCAAAAUUUAAAGAUGCCGAUUGUUCUAAUCGCUGGAGUAUAGUAAAAAAUAAACAUCUUUGUUUUUGUUGUUUGCAACCUGGUCACAGUGUACAAAAUUGCCGCAAGCGACGAGUGUGUGGUAUAUCGUCGUGUAAUAAAUUCCACAAUCGGUUGCUUCAUAGUUUCAGUGACAAUAACGAAAACAAUAUUUCAUCAGCUGAUAAAGCUGUGGCAACUGUUCAAACUGUGUAUCAAAAUCCACAACAUCCACUCGCUCGAUCAAAUUCACCACAACGUAACAAAACACUUCUCAAAUAUUUGCCUGUCAAGCUGAAAGGUCCCAAAGGCGAAAUUAACAUUUUCGCUUUCAUUGACGAAGGCGCAAAAAUAUCCCUAUUAGAGGAAAAUAUAGCAAACGUUCUCGGCCUCAAAGGCAAAUCCAAUUUACUUCGGCUGAAGUGGAUAGGCAAUCAAAGCAUGAGCGAACAGUCGCGGCAAGUGUCAUUUGAAAUUGCCGGCGCAAAUGAAGCAGCAACGAGUUAUGAAAUGAGGGGAGUGCGUACAACAAAAAAGUUGUAUUUGCCGCAGCAUACGUUAAAUUUGAGCGACUUUAUACAACGUCACGAACAAUUGGCAAAUAUACCAAUCGCUGAUUACAAUAAUGCAGUGCCACAAAUACUUAUUGGAUUGUCGCAUACAGAGUUAAUACGAACAAUAAAAACUGUGAAUUUGGACGAUGGCUUUACAAUUCACAAGACAAUGUUAGGGUGGACAUUAUUUGGAUCGAACGAAUAUCGUUCGGGUGAUGGUACUAUUGGUCAUGUCGAUAUUGAAAGCACACAAUUGAAUGAAAUUAGUUUACAAAUUACAGAAUAUUUUGCAGCAGAAAAGUUUGAAAUAAAGCAAUUCCCAAGCGUUCGUUCAGAAGCUGAUAUUAGGGCGGAAAAGUUAUUACACGAGACGACAAGGUUUGUAAAUAAUAAUAGAUAUGAAACUUGCUUGCUUUGGCAUAAAGAUAAUGUGAAAUUUCCCGAAAGUUUCAGUAUGGCCAUGAAGCGCUUAGAGCAAAUAGAAAUGAAAAUGGAACGGGAAAAAGACUACGGGGAAUGGUAUAAAGCAAAAAUUAACGAGUACAUCGAAAAGGAAUACGCAAAGCGACUUUCACCUAAUGAAGCUAAUGUAAAUGCUGAUCGCACAUGGUAUUUACCACAUUUCGCCACAUGUAAUGUAAACAAAGUAAACAAACGUAGACUUGUUUUCGAUGCCGCAGCAAAAAUAAAUAAUAUGUCGUUGAAUUGUGCCCUUAUGAAAGGACCGGAGGAGUAUCAACCAAAAUCGCUGUUGGCAAUAUUGUGUAAGUUUAGACAAGGCAAAUUUGCAGUAUGUGGUGACAUAUGUGAGAUGUUUCAUCGGAUUUUGAUUCGCCACGAAGAUCAAAACGCGCAGCGCUUUCUUUGGAGAGAGGGUGAUCGAUCAAAACCAUGUUCUGCACAAUUUGUAAAAAACGUGCACGCAGAAAAAUAUCGUGAUGUGAAUGCAAGAGCCGUCAAUGCCAUUGUGGAUCGGCACUAUGUCGACCACUAUAUGACAGUUUCGACACUGUCGAAGAAUGCACCAAGGAUGUCAUCGAUAUCCAUAGCCACGCCGGGUUCCAGUUAA